GCACUUCCGGCCAGAGCCUAAAGCUUCACUGCUGGGCUGUGCGCUGGAGGGGAAGUUGCUCUGAACACCUGAAGUCUCCGCGGGCAGAUCUCAUAUUUUGGAUUCUGGAUAUAUUAUAAUGAGUGACACUUUGACACCGGAUGUCAUUGGUCGAAGAGUUGAAGUUAAUGGAGAAAAUGCAACAGUACGUUUUGCUGGUGUCGUCCCUCCCCUGGCAGGACCCUGGUUAGGAGUAGAAUGGGACAAUCCCGAGAGAGGAAAGCAUGAUGGGAGCCACGAAGGGACUGUGUAUUUUAAAUGCAGGCACCCAACAGGAGGAUCCUUUAUUCGUCCGAACAAGGUAAAUUUUGGAACAGACUUUCUUACUGCAAUUAAGAACCGCUAUGUGUUAGAAGAUGGACCAGAGGAAGAUAGAAAAGAACAAAUUGUUACCCUUGGAAAUAAACCUGUGGAGACUGUUGGUUUUGACUCUCUUAUGAAACAGCAAAGGGCCAGUGGAUAGCAUACAUACGUGCUUAUGUAUCCAUGUGAACUCUGUUUUUCAUGCAGUCAGCUGAGCAAGUUGCAGGAAGUUUCUCUGAGGAACUGUGCAGUAAGUUGUGCUGGUGAAAAAGGAGAAGUUGCCGAAGCAUGUCCUAAUAUUAGAAGGGUAGAUUUGUCAAAAAACCUGUUGUCAUCAUGGGAUGAAGUGAUCCACAUUGCUGAUCAGCUCAGACACCUGGAAGUCCUUAAUCUCAGUGAAAAUAAACUAAAAUUUCCCUCCGGUUCAGCAUUAACUGGAACGUUUUCUGCACUGAAGGUUUUAGUCCUCAAUCAAACAGGAAUAACGUGGGCUGAGGUGCUGCGGUGUGCCGCGUGGUGCCCAGGCCUGGAGGAACUCUACCUCGAGUCUAACAAUAUUGUCAUUUCCGGAAGGCCAACAGAUGUUCUCCAGACAGUCAAGUUAUUAGACCUUUCCUCUAAUCAAUUAAUUGAUGAAAAUCAGCUGUAUCUGAUAGCCCACCUGCCCAGGUUAGAACAAUUAAUCCUCUCUGACAUUGGAAUUUCUUCUAUACAUUUUCCUGAUGCUGGAAUUGGGUGCAAAACCUCCAUGUUCCCGUCCUUGCAGUACCUUGUAGUAAAUGACAAUCAGAUAUCACAAUGGUCAUUUUUCAAUGAGCUAGACAAGUUACCAAGUCUGCGGGCUUUGUCCUGCCUAAGAAACCCCCUGACCAAGGAGGACAAAGAAGCAAACGCGACGCGGCAGCUCAUUAUCGCCAGCAUUGGCCAGCUGAAGACCCUGAACAAAUGUGAGAUUCUCCCCAAGGAGAGGCAGACAGCUGAGCUUGACUAUCGAAAAGCUUUUGGAAAUGAGUGGAAACAGGCUGGUGGACAUCAGGAUCCGGACAAAAACAGACUCAGCGAAGAAUUCCUCACAGCCCAUCCGAGAUACCAGUUCCUCUGCCUGAAAUAUGGUGCACCUGAAGACUGGGAACUCAAAACACAACAACCAUUUAUGCUCAAAAACCAGCUACUAACACUGAAGAUAAAAUACCCUGAUCAACUUGAUCAGAAAGUCCUAGAGAAACAACUGCCGGGCUCCAUGACAAUUCAAAAGGUGAAGGGAUGGCUGUCACGUCUUCUCAAAGUUCCUGUGUCAGACCUUCUGUUGUCCUAUGAAAGUCCCAAAGAGCCGGGCAUAGAAAUCAAGCUGGAAAAUGACCUACAGUCAUUACGUUUUUAUUCGGUGGAAAAUGAAGAUUGUCUAUUAGUGCGAUGGUAACAACCAACUAAUAAAAUUUAGAGACUACACUGCUUAUCAUGUCUGGGGUUCAUCGGAAAUAAAUGAUCCACUGGAACAAUUCUGUCAAAAACAAAGGGGUUUACAACUUGCCCUAAGGAUAACAAGGGAUGUAUUUUCACCACUGAUGUAGUUUUUGUUGGGAAGCGACCAUUUCUAGGCUUAUACAUAAUAGCAGUAAUAAAGGCUUUGACCCUAC